CUGAUGUUUUGAAGUUAGUAUUGGCAUUGCUAUUCCGAGACCAGACCUGAGUUAGUUAGAACUGUCAGUUGAGAAUAGCCAAUAUCAAUCCAGUGUUCUUCACUUUUCUCUUCCUAUAUUUGGUAUGUACUCACUCCUUUUAUUAAAACCAAUACAUUAUUUACAUUUUUGGGGAAAUCGCCUCCGGCAUUUUUACGUUCGUUAUUAUUUGGUGUAGGGUUCUUUUCGAGAACCUUUACACUAUUAUCAAAGUCUUAAAACAUGAAGGGACUAAGUUAUCGACCUGUCAGAAAAGCGUCAAAAGGAGAUUAGCCUUUCAGUCGAGAAAAUUGUUGAUCACUCAUAUCUAAGGUGUACAGUUCAUUUUGCGUGUGAUAAAACUCAUGACAUCGAUUAAAAUCAUUCUAUUAAGUAAACAGUAGCGCAGCAGUAUUUUGAUCCGGCAACGAGACUUUGACCAUUUCAACUCGGCUAUUAUUAUCAGCACUUGUCUCUGUUGCAAUCCAGGUUAAUUGUUUCCGUUUACAGAAGUAUUUAAAGGGGGAUAGCUACUUGACGCUAGCUGCAUUAGUUGGUUAACUGUAGAACCCGACCAAGAACCUUCGCUACUUAAAUCCUGACGAAAAAAUUGCCAAGAGAUUCACGUAUCAAAAAAUGAAACAUUCUUUGUCGCCGAAAUGGAUGAUAAAAUCCCUCAUUGCGUUACUUCUACUUUGUGUUGGAGUUUUCUGCCAAUCAGACGAGUCGACAUCUUCAUGGGCCAAACUCCAAAUUUCACCCAGCGAACUCUGUUCUAUGGAACACGGAAGUUUCAGAGUCAACAUUUACGAACACGCAAACAAUCACAAGACAACAACGACAAAAUCAAGUGACAAAAAAUAUUUUUACGCUCCCAUCGCCUUGCUGGACCACCAAAGCGCAGCGAGUUUCUACAACAACGUCACAAAACAACCCGAGGUCCGUUUCCGCAUCGAAAUGUGGAACUCAAAAGUAGAGAGCAAAGUCGUCAAUUAUUUGACCGAAUUUCUCCGUCAGCCAAUCGAUUCCCAUCAGGUUCAAGUCAUCCCAUUCGAUAAAGUGAUCCUGGCCAGCACGUCGCCGUCCACCAGCUUCUCACUGAAAUCAAAUUGGCUCCCGUAUCAACUGGACAAGUCGCUACAGUUUACACUUUCCUGUUUCCAACUAGAAGAUUGCAACCAACUGGCGGCCGUUAUGCAGACCAAACCUCAGCAAUUCAACGACUUUAAACUCCUUUUCAGUUUGUCUUCGCAGACGUCGCAAACCAAACAGACGGUCAUCCGCAUCGACAACAUCGUCUCCGGACAAAUGAUGGCGCAAAUGUUGCAGAAAUUCAACGAAAGUACAAAAGAAGCUCUGCUAACAGCCAGUGAUGAGAAGAAACUGCUAACGGAAUCGAUGACCAACGUCUUGGUCGACACGUUCGACGACUCGGACGUCGUUUCCCAAAAUUCAGAGUCGCAAAUCUACAACAUGUUGAAGAAUUUGCUCGUCUCGUCCAGGACGACCAUCAAAGAGCAAAGCGACAAAAUGUGGGACUCGGUUUUUUGGAACGACGACAACUACCGACCGGACAAGACCACCAAGACGAUGAACGACAUUUACAAGAAAUUGGACAAGGAAGACCAGAAAAAGUUGAUUGAAACGUUCCAAAAUACCAACACAUUUGAUUUAGGUGCAGGGGGUAGUCUCGUGGGCACUGGCUCGUUCGAAUCCAAUUUCAAAACUGAUUUUUCCCGCCACGGUUCGACAACAAAGGAAGACAUCAACAAACUUUUCCAGGAAAGUAAAAAUCACGGCGAAUGGGACGGGGAAAAAUUCGUUCCCAAACCGCUGGCCCUCAGCAGAGUCAAUUUAGCAAAACUGCGGGACACGCAAUCCUUCGAGGAUCGCAAAGUGAGCGUCCGCUACUCGACCGCCGUCCUGUCAACUCCCAUCCAUUUCAUAGAAAACUCUGAGCUGACAACCACGGACGAAUGGCAAGAGUUGAAAGACGAAUUAAAAGAAACACAAAAGCGUUUAUCAUCCGCUUCGAAACUUAUCGAAAAAUUAGAAAAGCAGCAAAACGACACCAACGCAACUGUUAUCAAUAUAAUCAACGAUUUAAAUGAUACGAACACAACUGUUUUCAAUUUGACCAAACAUUUUAAUGAGAGAACGAGCGCCAUUGUGGACAUUGGUCAAAUGCCCGCGUCCUGUGCCGACCUCCAAAAAAUCGGACACAUUAAAAGCGGAUUCUAUUCCAUCAUGGGGAAACGCAACAUGGAAAGUGUUCACUGCAACUUCGCGAAGCAACACCACGAUCCGAAUUUCCAGAAAGUGAUCGGCUACGUUGACGUUAAAUCAGAACCCGUUUACUUCCACGCUCAAUCGACGACCGGUUUUUCUAUUUUCAACAAGGAAAUUCCCUUUAACCUGAUCAGAAUGAAUGUGGGCAAUGCCAUGAGUUCCAGUGGAUUAUUCGUAGCGCCGAAAUCGGGAAAAUAUUUCUUUGCUUUUUCGGGAUUGAGUGGCCGGGCUUCUUCUGCUCGAGUUGAAUUUCAGAUAAAGACUGGUGAUGAUAAGAAUUGGAUAAAAAUAGGGCACGCCUAUGGUCAAUGGAAUUUGAAUACUUUGACGAUCCAGAAUAUUUUGCAACUUGGUAAAGGCGACCAAAUUCGAUUGAUGUUACAGGAAGGAUCAUUAUUGCACAGUCAGAGUGGUACUGGUACAAAUCAUGGCCCGUCUACAACUUUUGCUGGCUGGAUAAUGGAAGAGGAUAUAUUUUAGACCUUCUACAAAAUCCAUUUGACAAAAAAAAAAUUACAAUUUUAAAAAUCCCCAAAAUUAAUUAGUGGUUUCAGUUGACAACUCAAAUCCUAACUAGCGAUUCUUUAUUACUUUAAGUCCAAACAAAUAACCCGAUCCGAUCCCACGAAAUAAAUGAUUGAUUAACCUUUGUGUCAAGGAUGAAAAGAUUGUUGGCUAUGUCAAUCAUUUUUUUUUUUGUCUGCGAGAGAACGCGGAUUAAUUUCAAACAAAGAGGUAUAAAGCCUAAUAUGCAAAAGGGUGGAUUAGACAAAAGAAAGAUGAUUUUUCCAACUAGGAUUAAAUGUUUCACUACGAUUCAACAGACAUUCAAAGCGCAGUUCAAUUUCCUAGAAAAGCGUAAUACUACGGAGAUCGAUAUGAAUGUCAAGGUGUUGAAAUCGAUCACUUUACUAAGGUGUACAACACUGUACAAUUCAUUCCGUGUGAUAAAACUUGAGACGCCUGAUUCAAAUCAUCCUAAUAUACGUAAACUGUUUGAAUGCGACAACAUUUUGGGCUGGCAAAGCUCAACCACAAUUACAGUAACAACGGGAUACUUUGACACGAAAGUGGUAGUCUCUGAAGUAUUCGCUGAUUGACUAUAUAAGUUCAAAGAAAAUAGCUAAACAUGAUCUGAAACAUUGACAUCAAUAGUCGCCCUUAGACUCAAUCUAUCCUGAAAUAUCACAACAGACAAUCGCACAAGAAUAAUACGUGAGAUGUGGUUCCUACCUGGUGCAUCUCGUGUCCCCUUUCCAUCCCUGCAUCGGCAAACAGCUGGAACAAGAAUUGGCUUCCAUCCAUCCAGUUCUCAGCCAAAUGUUGCAUCGCGAAUAAAACCUGUUUAUCGACAAAAUAAAGAAAACUUGGUAUAUUAUUCCAUUA